UCAGAUGAUCAAUAUAGGCUGUCCGAAUCAACGAUUUCUGUCUGGAAAUUUGAAUAAUUUGAUGAUUCAACUUUGUCACGUAUGUAUGUUGGAUUUCCCCUAAACCGUUUAAAAAAAGAUCGCGGGCGGAACACUUCAACUCUUUCUUGAGAAUUUGUUAAUAUUACGGUUUGUCUGUUCAAUGGAGAAAAUAGUUUGUCAAACAUUGGCGUGGUAUAAUGUGCCUACUGUCGACGUCAUAUGGCAUAUUAGGCAUUACAGUUUGAUUUUCGACGGAAACUGUAUCAGCGUGCUGUCAAGCUCCGUUGAAUGUGUACUUUUAUUUAAGGUUCACCUUAAAGAAAAAAGUCAAACUCUUACCCCAGUCUUCGUAUUGAGUGCAUCAUAGUUAUUUCGCAAAGGCUUAUUUACAUUUUACUGCAAUUAGAGUGACAUCGCAAAUAAAGCGGGGUUUUUACUUCAUUCAGUGACCCAGUCACCCAAAGCGUCAAGCAGAAAAAGAGCUAUUGAUACUGGCUUUGAAUUUAUGAAAGAUGCGAAUGUCGGUUACCGUCAAUCUAUUCGUCACAGUCGCAACGUUGUGUCUCCUCCAUCGCUGUUACCGUUGCGUCAGAAGAUGGUUCCGUCUGUAUCAACGCGCCAAGUUCAUGAACCAAAACGUCCCUUCUGUCCAACCUCAUUGGUUGUGGGGCAAUGUUUUUGACAACCCGGGAAUCUUCCAAGCAGGACUAGAUUGGCACAUCAAAGCAGUGUCGAGGUGCAGGCGUAUGCUUGUCUAUUGGGGGUUCUGGACGCCGUGUUUGAUUCUCAACCAUCCGGACACGAUGAAGGAAAUCUUAAAAAGCUCCACCAUUUCUCGACGGCCAGCUGGCCGGACUGGGUAUCAUAUUCUCGGGGAAUGGCUCGGCCAAGGUAUCGCUACCUCUGAUGGGUCUCAUUGGAGACGGAAUCGUAAAAUUGUGAUGCCGUUUUUCCAGUCGAACUGUAUAAGGAAACAUCAUGUGCCAGUUAUUAAUAAGGCUACUGACAUUCUCCUAGAUAGACUUGCAAUCAAAGCAGACUCUGCCACACCCUUUGACCUCUGUCACAUGAUGUUCAAUCUAUCAGGUGACAUCAUAUACCGCGUGGCGCUCUCUCAUGAGCUUGCUUGCCAGCAAGGUGGUUCCCCGGUUCUUGAUUCACUCAAUGUACUUACUGAGAUCGGGACUUCCAGAAUAUUGAACCCAAUCAUGGCGAAUGACUUUCUUUUUCGGAUGACAUCGAAAUACAACAUGUGGAUUGAAGCGUUGAAAGUGGUGAACGAACUUUCAGAACAACUUAUGCGAGAGCGGAUGCGAAAACACAAGCAGGAAUCGUGCGAGGCAGCGACGAGAUCAGGUGACCUGCUUGACACUCUUCUUCUCUCGACCUACUCUGAUGGAAAACGACUAACGCAUCGAGAAAUCCGAGACGAGGUAAAUACAUGCAUUUUCGGAGGCGUUGAUACAACGGGAAGCGCCCUCACAUGGUUCUUCAUGGACAUUGCUAAGCAUCCUGACCAUCAGACAAAGGUACAGGAAGAGAUAGACAAUGCUCUCCGUGAUCAUUCAGAGGAUGAUACUGACUGUUAUGAUGACCACAAGCUCCCAUACCUCAUGCAGUGCAUCCGAGAGUCUCUACGUCUCCACGCCAUGCUCAUGCCAGCAAGGGCUCUGCUGGAACCACUUACCGUAGAGGGCGUCACAAUUCCUCCGAAGACCGGCGUCAUGAUAGAUUUUUACCAACUACAUCACAAUCCCGACAUAUGGGGUGAAGAUCACAUGGAGUUCCACCCUGAGCGCUUCGACCAGGAGAUAUCCGCUAAGCGCGACCCCCAUGCCUUUCUUCCGUUUUCCGUCGGACCACACCAGUGUAUCGGGCAGAAGAUCGCAAUGCAGGAGCUAAAGAUAAUUGCAAUUCGAGUUCUGAGAAGAUUCAGUCUCCAUCUCGUCAAGGAAGCUAAGACAAAGUUUCGGAUUGUUGGUAAACCGGCUAGUGAAGUCGUAUUAACAAUCAGACAUAGAAAAGGUCCCUAUAUUUAGAUUUUUAUCAGGAGCCGUGGAACGGAUUUGAAGGGGGCGAGGGGGGGGGGGGGCUGAGCAUGCAAAAAUAAAAAUGUGCGUACGUGUAUGAAUACAUGAACUCUGACUCAAGGUAUCUCUGAAUUUAGGUAUAUCCUCUUCUAAUCAAUUUUUUUUUCAAGUUUACCCCGACUGAAGUGAGUUGUUCAGUCUUUCAGUUCUCAUUCAUGUUAAGUGAUAAAGAAGAUGCACGCGAAGAUAACUUCAUUACAAUUUUCAUUCAACGGCAGUAAUCACUCUUAGCAGCGGAUUCAGUGACAUUAUAGUUGAGGAAAGUAGGAAGAUAUUUUUUAUCAUAGAAAUUAGCUCAAUAUCUCAAAGUGGUUAUCCACAUGGUGUCUGUGAAUCAGUUCUCGUUAAAUUUCCAAUACGUGACGAUGAUUGAGAAGUUUCGAUGUUAAACUGGGAAAGUUUUGAUUAUGUAUUCUGCAUGAAUUGAAACAAUUAGCAAAUCAAACAAGAUUUUAAUGGAUCUUCACAUCGUUCAACUGAAGAAUAUUAUGCAAAUCAAUUGUUUCCAUUGCUAAGACAAGUGCGAUAUGUUUAAGUGGGGUUUAUAUUACUAAAAGCAGGUUCAAAUUAGGUGUCGUGUCUCUUAUUUUGUAUCGCGAGUAUAUAGGUUCCCCCUCUCCUAAUUCCUAUCGAGCGAAAUGCGAUGUCAGCAACUAUCUUGAACUCUCUGUCUCAUUUAAGAAAUACAUGAUUUAAUCACCUGUAGGCCCCAAUUUAGGUAUUGCCAGGAAUGGAAAUUUUCAGAGGACGACACUCGGUUUCAAGUUCUUCAUUUGAAUGAAUAUUGUUGCGACCGCAAUAUGUUCUGUUCAAUAAUUAGUGACAUAAUAUUCGUUGCAAAAUAAAAUAAAUUUCCCCAAAGUACACUGUAGGCAAUAAGAUGGCGUAUAGUAUAAUCAUUAUUAAACCCCGUAAUAUUGCAUAUCCUCUUUUUAUUCACGAUAAUAUUUUCCUCUCUCUUCGCUUAAAGACAAAAUAUAAACCUUAUAUGCUGCAAUGUCAAUUCUUUAUCGUUUGUGGUAAGAAAAGUCCGUGGAAUGUCUUAUAUAUGCGUUGGGAAGGGGUCGAUUUCUUUGAAAUUUUGCGUUCGUUUGUUUUAAUCAAGUUUAAUCCCUCGAAAACGAGAACAUUAUUUCUCCCUCAGUCCCUCCCUGUCAUAAGGGUGUCUGAACAAAUAUAAGCUCCUGGUCAAAAUGUCUUCUCUGUCGACUAACAACUGACUAAAAGCGAAGUAUCCGCCCUUAAUAUCCAGAGAGAUUGCUUGUUAUUACACCUUCCUUGCCUUGUUUUGAGCUUUUCCCUCUACCUUUUUUCCCCACUCGUACAGUAAAAGCCGGAAGGGUUCUGGCAAGAGCUAAGGUAAACCAGUUACCUCACUUCUCUCCCCGCUCAAAAUUAUUCUUGUGAAGAUCACUGCUUGUUAUUUCAGUCAUGUUUCACGAUACGGCGAGACUGUACAAUUUGCAGUCACCUGUUUAGCCCAUUCCAUGGCAGCACUCGCUAAUUGCAGCAUAAUCACCCAAUAAAAACGCAAUUCUGCCGAGCAAAUUGUAGACCCUUCAACCUGGAUUUGAUAGUGAAGCCAUAUUUGAUUUUCCUCUCUUCUACAUUAAACAUUUUGAUUUUUUUCAUGUGGCGACACCAUUUUUCCACAUGUAAUGCUGCAAUGGCGCCGCUAUCGACGUGCGCCCCGCCUCGCAUUUUCAUUCAAAAAUCAAUUGUUAUGAGCAAACAGACUAUGUUUUACGGGCAUACGUCAUACAUUAUAAGAUGCAUUGUCAGAAACACCUGGAUAGCAUUUCAACUGAUCACUGGCAUUCGUCCAGGGGUCCUUUUCAAUUUUCAGUAGUCUUCUAUGAAGGGGAAACACAUUAUUUAGCAUUUGUAACUUUCUAAUUCAUUUUUCGAAAUGCUGUUUCCAACAAGAGUGUAAAUGUAUAUGCUGAACUGUUUCUUUGACUACUUCAUGUCCUCAGGCAUUGGCUUUUGCAUUUAAAUACCUUAAUACUCUCAUAAAUGAGAUGAUACUGAUAGUUCUGAAAAGACGGGCCACAUUAUUCUGAGAUAUCAUUGAAAAGAAUUAAUUUUAAAAAAUGAAGAAACUGUAAAUAGAUG